GUGCUGUUAUAGUAUCCACGCCUCAGGAUAUCGCUCUCAUGGAUGCGAGACGAGGAGCAGAAAUGUUUAGAAAAGUCAACAUUCCUGUUCUUGGUCUGGUCCAGAACAUGAAUCACUAUGUCUGCCCCAACUGUAACCACACCGCUUACAUCUUUGGUCAAGAUGGCGCCAAAGAUGUAGCACGUGAUCUCAAUAUAGAAAUACUAGGUAAUGUGCCAUUGGAUAUUCAAAUAAGAGAAACUGCUGACCAAGGAAAACCGAUCGUCGUCUCACAGCCUUCAAGUCCUCAGGCGCAGUCCUAUUUACAGAUAGCACGUCGUAUCUUAGAGAAGUUACCACCUGAGAAAAGUAUGGAUCCUGGUUCAUAGCAGGAAGACGAUCACGUGCACCAUUAUGUCUCACGUCACGCAUUCUCUCUGCUAGCAAUGUCACGCUUCAAAAGAGAGAAGGAAUGGAUGAAAGGAAUAGGGACAGACAGACAGAAAGAGGGUUGAAGUUACGCACGCGCUGAUAGAUGAAUGAAUGAAUGAACAAAUUGAACGGUCGGAUAGCGGGCGGACGUCCUGAAUGAUGAAUGAAUGAAUGAAUAGACCCUUUUCGAGCUCCAAAUUACCGCUGUGUUCCUUGAUUACAGACUCAUUUACUCAGGCUUAGCCUCGAUGUAGAAUGUUCACGUGUUCCAGUCAA